AUGUUCAGUGGUCGAAGCGUUCGACUUGCUGUAAAAGCUCGUAGCUGGAACCCAACUCAGAACGAAUGGAAGCUGGCAGCCCAGUGUGUUCAGGCAGAGGAGAAGGAUCGUAUAGGAAAGUUUAUUUUUAAGAAAGAUGCAAAGUUAUCCAUGGUGGGGCGUCUGCUGUUGCGCUAUGCGGUCUCCAGGAUGUUGGAUGUUCCUUACCGGUCACUGAUGUUUGGCAGAACUGAAAAAGGGAAGCCUGUUCUGCUGAGUCCCUUUGACAAGUUGUCCCCACGGUGUGACAUCAGCUUCAACAUUUCUCAUCAGGGGGAUUAUGUUGUUCUAGCGGCAGAGAGAAGUAACCUCAUUGGUGUGGACAUCAUGAAAGUUGAAUGGCCUAGGAAUAAACCCAUUUCAGAGUUUUUUAACACAAUGGAACGCCAGCUGACAUCACACGAGUGGUCUGAGGUUAAAAGAAAAAAAGGAGAUAUGGAACAGCUGAAAACAUUUUUCCGGCUCUGGUGUCUUAAGGAAAGUGUUGUGAAAGCUAUGGGCACAGGGAUAGGGUUUGAAGUCAACCGACUGAACUUCCUGUUCAGAACACCAGAGUUACAACUUGGUCACAUGGUGUGUGACACAGUUGUGGAGAUUGACGAUGAGCCUGCUCCAGAGUGGCGGUUGCAAGAGACCAUGUUGGAGGACCACUGUGUGGCCGUUGCGGUCAAUGUGGAUCCAGGGAGUUCCGCUAAAGAUGACGAAGUACCACGAUUUCACAUCCUAGACAUUCAAGAACUUCUCAGAAACUGCGAGCCCUUGGCCGGCAGCUCUCCAGACAUGGAGUACUGGGAGAUGUUUAGCAGCCGACAGGAGGACCCAAGUGCCAGGUGA